AUGGUGGCAGUCACCCAGGUCUCGUCGAUCAACACCUUCUUCGAACUCUCAGCGGGCUCGCUUCGAAUCUUCCAGAGGGCCGUGCAGUGCAUCGCCAAACUGGGUAGGGAUGCUGCGGUGAUCUUCCGCCCAGAGGAGCUGGUGAUCCACGGUGCCGAUGAUGGCCACUCCGCCGCAUCGCAAUUCGCCUUUCGGCGCAACUUCUUCCGAUGCACACCUUCGGGUUCGGAGGCCUCUGUCCAACAGGAGAGGCGUGUGGUGGUGCAGGCGCGCGGUCUAGCAGUGGCCUUGCGCGGCUCGCAGCAGCGGACGGCCAGACGCUGA